CGACUGAACAUGGCAGGAAAUGCGGUCUGGUUCAUGCAAGAUAAUCCUGGUGUGAAAUACCUUGAGAAAGUUUGGAACAAGCAGAGCCAGCGGCGACUGCGGCCGUGCCAACAUCUGCAGCUUCCGGUUUUGGCAAACCAGAAAGAGAUGACCUCUGAGAGUAUCACGGCCAUGGCACAGACUUGCUGAUUGCAAAUACAGUAAUUGGAACUCGAAUACAGUGCUGUGAAAGCCCUUCCUGCUCCACUUGUCUCUGGCUGAAAGCGCACAAAGGUGGGAGUCCCAAAGCAUAUGGAGGAGAGGUUCGGGUCGGGAGGAGGAGGAGGAGGAGGAGGAGGAGGAGGAGAUGGCAGAGACAGGAGCGGGGGGAGCGGGUUUGCACCGGGGUGGGUAGCGGGAGCAGCAGCAGCAGCAGCAGGAGCCAGAGGAGGAGGAGGAGGAGGAGACGGAGAUGACGGAGGAGCGGUCAUUGGUGGGGAUAACGAUAACGUGGACGGCCUGGAUGGGGGGAGGGUGAAGAUGGUGAAGAAGAACUACGAGAAGAAACGCAAGGAUGGUGGAGGUGGUCAGGCCACCGAGAGCGGCGGCGCCGCCGCCACCGGCUAUUCUGCUUCUUCUUAUUCUUCUUCUUCUGCUGCUGCUGGAGUUGCUAUCGGUAGUAAUGGCAAUCCGCAACAAGGGGAAGGUGGGGGGGGAGCACUAGCACCCUCCUCCUCCUACUACUACUACUCUCCUUCCGCUGGUGGAGCCAUCACUCCGUCGGCGUAAUAUCUCGUUCCGCGGGGUUAUCUCGUCGCGUUUCAAGGCCCAUCUGAGAGUGUACGUGGACUUAGAAGAAAAGACGUUGAUGGAAACCCUAGAGAAACUUGUCCAGGAGGAGAGGUGGGGUGUAGUGGAGGAUGGAGGAUGGAAGUCAGACAAACAUCUUGUCCAGCAGCACGCAGAUCUUCCUUCACAUCAAGCGAAGUCUAAAUGCAGCGCGCUCACUAAGAAUCAAACCCUGUUUAAUCU